UGUUGAAUCGUUUUCCCUCCUCGCAGUUGAAGCUAACAGCUCGCGGCCUGUGUUCAUGUUCGGGUUUUAAGCACUUUUAGCGUCAGAGAGCGGUUUCAACUCCGGGAGUUGACUUUUUCAGGAGAAGACUGAACUGCUGCAGCAGACUUGUUGGAGAAGUCUUAUGAGGUGCUGCUAGCAGGCCAAGAUGUUCAACAACUCAUUUGGUACUCCCUUCGGUGGGGGGACGGGCGGGUUCGGCUCGUCAUCAACCUUUGGUCAGCCGAACGCCGGGUUUGGGGCAUCAGGAACCUUUGGGGCGUCUGCUUUUGGAGCGACCGCCAACACAGGAGGACUGUUUGGAUCAACACCGAAUAAACCGGGUGGUCUGUUUGGGUCCAGCACGUUCAGCCAGCCGGCCACUUCCUCCACCAGCACCGGGUUUGGAUUCGGUGCAGCCACCGGGACCUCCACCGGUCUGUUUGGAAGCACUGGGACGGGUACCAGCAGCGGGCUCUUCACCCAGCAGAGCAAUGCGUUUGGAGCCAAACCCACCUCGUUUGGAAGCUUCGGGACGAGCACGACCGGCGGCACCGGCCUGUUUGGGGCCACCAACACCACCUCCAACCCUUUCGGCGGCUCCAGCUCGCUCUUCGGCAGCUCCGGGUUCUCGGCCACUCAGCAGCCGGGAACGACGGUGAAAUUCAACCCCCCAACAGGAAGUGACACGAUGGUGAAAGCGGGCGUGACCACGAGCAUCAACACCAAACACCAGUGCAUCACCGCCAUGAAGGAGUACGAGAACAAAUCUCUGGAGGAGCUCAGGUUGGAGGACUACCAGGCGGGCAGGAAGGGUCCGUCCAACCCAAUGGCACCGGGGACGGGCGGCCUGUUUGGCGGCACCACGGCCACGUCCAGCGCCGCCACGGGUCUGUUCGGCGCCACCGCCCCGAACACCAGCUUCAGCUUCGGGCCCAAUAAGACCACGUUUGGAGCGACACCUUCAGGAACCUUCGGAACCACCACAGGAGGUCUGUUCGGACAGCCGGCCCAGCAGCCGGCCAACAGCCUCUUCAAGCCCUUCGGUGCGACCCAGACGACCCAGAGCACCGGCUUCUCCUUCGGUAACACCAGCACCAUGGGCCAGCCCAACACCAGCAGCUUGGGGCUGUUUGGGAGCACAGCAGCCUCUCAGCCCGGUGGUUUCUUCGGCACCACGACGAGCACCGCCACUGGGUUUGGGGCGGCCUCGGGUCUGUUCGGACAGCCCAGCACCGGGUUUGGAAACGUUGGAACGCAGCCAAGUCUGUUUGGCGGGGGUAAAACGGCUGGCUUCGGCACCACAACUACCAGCGCCCCGUCGUUCGGCACCGGCACCGGGCUCUUUGGCAACAAGCCUGCUCUGACCCUGGGAACCGGAACCAACACCUCCACCUUCGGUUUUGGAGCAAACCCCACUGGAGGAGGUCUCUUUGGGGGCAAGACGACCGCUGGAGGACUGGGGACUGGACUGGGAACCAGCUUUGGAACUGUCGGUACCGGUCCAGGUCUGUUUGGAAGCAACCAGAACAAACUGGGCACCACUCUGGGAACGAUGGGAACGUUUGGAACCACGGGAUUCAACAGCGGAACCGGCACUUUGGGUUUUGGAGCGCCGCAGCAGCAGCCUGUCGCCCUCUCCGAUCCGAGCGCCACCGGGGCGCAGCAGGCCAUGCUGCAGCAGCAGCUCAACGUCCUGGCCUACUCGCCGUACGGAGACUCGCCGCUCUUCAGAAACCCGCUGUCCGACCCCAAGAAGAAGGAGGAGCGUCUGAAACCGACCAAUCCCACGGCCCAGAAGGCGCUGACCACACCCACUCACUACAAGCUGACCCCCCGGCCUGCGACCCGGGUUCGGCCCAAGGCACUCACGUCUUCUGGAGGAUCCAAGUCCCAGCUCUUUGACGGUCUGGAUGACGACGAGCCAUCGCUCACCAACGGAGCUUUCGUGCCCAGAAAGAGCAUCAAGAAGCUGGUUCUGAAGAACCUGAACACCAGUCAGUACAGCAGUCCGCUGAACAAAGAGAGCGACGACCUCGCCUCGCUCUCAGAGUACCCUCACAACGGACACAGCCAGGAGGACGAGGAGCUCCGGGAGGUUCUGGGUCCGAGUAGCCGAGCCGCCGACGACCCAGAAGUCACUCAGUUCUACGUCAACCCCAUCGCCAAGCCGGUCCCGCAGGGCCGGGCCCAACCCAGUCUGCAGGACACCAUCGGUGACCUGAACAUGCACCGGCAGCAGAGGAACGGCCUGGAGCUGAGCAGCGACGAUGUGUCGGGAUCUUUGGGGGAGGAGUCUCUGCAGGAGGAGGAGGAGCCACAGGAGUCCCAACAGGCUCCUCAUCCUGCAGGGAUCGUUCUGAACCGGGUCGGUUACUACACCAUCCCCUCCCUGGAGGACCUGGCUGAGAUGCUGGAUGAGAACGGGGAGUGCGUCGUGGAAAACUUCACGGUUGGCCGGAGAGGUUACGGCUCCAUCUUCUUCCACGGCGAGGUGAACAUAACGGGUCUGAACCUCGAUGACAUCGUCCACUUCAGACGCAAAGAGGUCAUCGUCUACCCGGACGACAAAAACAAGCCGCCAGAGGGGGAGGGGCUUAACAGGCGUGCCGAGGUGACUCUGGAUGGCGUCUGGCCCAACGAUAAGACCACCUGCACGCAGAUCAGGAGCCCCGAGCGUCUGACCGACAUGAACUACGAGGCCCGCCUCGAGAAGGCCUCCAGAAAACAAGGGGCCCGCUUCCUGGAGUACCGCCCCGAGACCGGGUCCUGGGUGUUCGAGGUGGCCCAUUUCUCUAAGUACGGCCUGCAGGACUCUGACGAGGACGAAGACGUCCCGCUCAAAACCGACCCCAAGAAGCCGAAAACGAUGAUGUCACUUUCUGCCUCCGGGCCGCCCUCCCAGCAGCAGGUGGCGCCGCACGCUCAGCCCGCCCUCGUGGACCCGGCGGGCGGCGUGGCGGAGCUGGACAGCGACAUGGCCGACAUCACCCAGAGCCUCCCGGCAGAGAGCAUCAUGGGAGCCGAGGAGGACGGCGAGCUUCCAGCGGCGGACGUGGAUGUGUCUGAGCACGACGGCGCCUCUGCAUCGAGCCAAAUCGCCUCGACACUGGGGAUCAACCCUCACACCCUGCAGAUCAUGAAGGCGUCUCUGUUCGCUGAGGAAGAGGAGGAGCUGGACCCGGUCCAGCGUCGCUCACUGCCCAGGGUCUCCUCCCAGGUUCCGUCUCCUCGACUGGUUCUGCCGGGAGCUCCGGGCCGGUCCUCCGCCGGAGGUCUCCUUCAGGCCCGGUUCACCUCCAGCCUCCUCUCUCAGCUCCCAGAUGCUCCUCGCCCCCCUCCCUCUCUGUCCCGGGGAGCUCUGGCCGCCAUCGACCCCUCCCGGUCCCUGCAGUGGAAGGGUCCGGGCCCCGCCUCCUUCCUGCUGCCGCCUCGGGCUUCAGAACCUCCCAUCAGGACGGUGGGGGUCCGUCGGCAGGGCGGUCCUGUCCCUGUCACAGAGUCCGUGACUCAGGGGAAGGGGGGGCUGUUGAUGGACACGGGGCUGUUUGCGACCCGCUCCUUCAGGGUGGGCUGGGGUCCUGGCUGGACUCUGGCUCACUGCGGCAACCGGAUCAGCGCCCCACAGUCCAAACUGCUCGAGUACCAGACACUUGGUGCCAAGACUGACUUCAGCUUCCUGCACAAACCAGCCAGGACCAAACCGCUGGCUGAAAGUCCCUACAAGGUGGUUCUGGAGCAGCUGCUGGGUCUGGACCCCCCUCAGGGGAAGCUCAGUGAGGAGGAGGAGGAGGAGGAGGUGGUGCAGCGCCCCCUGCAGAUCUGUCUGGAGAACAGCACCGUCAGCGUCCCAGAUGGAACCAGCUGUCCCGUGGUGCGGCCUCAGGCCGGCGUGGCGGCGCUGCACCAGUACGCAGACUGGAUCACGGAGCUGAACGCCAAGCGGGGCGGCGCCGAGCCCCUCCUGGGGGACUGGGCCGAGGUCUGGACCCUGUGCGAGGCCCUGUGGGGCCGGUCGGGCCCCUCGGACCAGGAGCUCGACGCCGAGCCGCUUGGUGAGUACGAGCAGCAGCUGCAGAGGAGGCGCACUUUCUCGGCCUGGCUGUCCCGCGGCGCCUCCUGCAGGGUGGAGGAGGAGUUGGGUCUGUUGGGGAAAGGCCGCCACACGGACGCCAUCUUCAGCUUCCUGACGGGCGGCCGCAUCAGCGAGGCGUGUCGACUCGCACAGAAAGGAGGGGACCACCGCCUGUCCCUGCUGCUGUCCCAGGCCGUGGGCUCCCAGUUCUGCAGAGACCUGCUGGCCCUGCAGCUCGCAGACUGGAGCCGCAUGCACACGGACCGCUACCUGAGCGAGGAGCGGCUGCGGAUCUUCGCUCUGCUCGCUGGGAAACCUGUGUGGCAGUCCUCGGACUCGGCGGUGAACGUGUGCUCCGAGCUGGACUGGAAGCGCUGCGUGGCCGUCCAUCUUUGGUUCAUGUUGCCUCCAACGGCGUCGGUGGCCGACGCUCUCGCCAAAUACGAAGCUGCCUUUCAGGGAUCCACAGAGGCCGGGAGGUACGCCUGCGCCCCGCUGCCUCCGUACCUGGAUGGGAAGCAGCCUGAGGAGGAGGAGGAGGAGUCCAGACGGCCGCUGUACGAUCUGUGCUUCCACCUGCUGAAGCUCUACAGCGACAGACACUACAGCCUGCAGCAGCUGCUCGACCCGCUCACGGUCACCUGGCACCGCCUGGACCACCGCCUCAGCUGGCACCUGUGGGGGGUUCUGCAGGCGCUGCACUACGGCCACCUGAGCGCCUCGCGGCAGGGCCUGCUCCACGCCGGCUACGCCGCCCAGCUGGAGAGCGCCGGACUGUGGCACCGGGCCGUGUUCAUCCUGCUGCACAUCUCGGACCACAGCCAGCGGGAGCGGGCCGUCAGGGAGGUUCUGACCCGGCACUGCCCUCUACAGGAGACGGACGAGUCGGUCCGCAGGGAGCGCUUCCUGACCGAGCAGCUCAUGGUGCCGCAGGGCUGGAUCCACGAAGCCAAGGCCACCCGGGCCCAGAGAGACGGGGACCUGCACCGGCAGGCUCUCCACCUGUACCGGGCCGGACACUGGAACCGGUGCCACCGGCUGCUGAUCCAGCAUCUGGCCUCAGCCUGCAUCAUCAACGACAACAACGACUACCUGCUGGACUUCCUGGAGGGGCUGGCAGUCCCUGAACGCUGCACCACCAUCCUGGACUGGGACACGGCGGGUCGGGUCUACCUGGACUACAUCCGGAUCAUCAAGUCUCUGCAGGUCAUCCAGCAGACGGAGGCUCCGGGUUACGAGCUGGAGCGUCUCUACAGCGACGUGACGUCGCUCUGCGGCCGGGUCGAGCUGCUGCCCUGCCGCUGCGCCAGAGACCGCCUCGCCCAAUCAGAGAUGGCGAAACGUGUGGCGAACAUCCUGCGAGUCGUCCUGAGCCUGCAGCAGAGCGAGGCCGCCCCCGACCCGCUCAGCGUCCCGCUGGCCCAGCUGGCGCCUCACAUCAGCCGCCUGCCCAUGCCGGAGGACUACACGCUGGAGGAGCUGCGAGGCCUGACCCGGUCCUACCUGCGGCAGCUCGUCGUCAGCCAAUGAGAGCGCAGAGAAGCCCCGAGGGUCUUCAGAUUCUGGACUCCAGUCCUCCGAGGUUUUUAACCAAAGCUUCAGCUUCUUUAAUCCAGAGUUUGUCUGAUCUGUGAACACGAUCCAGGUUUCAGUUAAUCUGAGGAGCUGAUGUCGACGUGUUGGACCG